AUGGACGGAGGGUUAUCCGGCCAGCCGAGCUGCUACGCGGGCACUUCCGGGCAGGGCCAGUUCGAUCUUUACGGGGGUUCCUUCUGCGACCAGACUGGGUAAAUCAGGCGGGGGAGAAGAUCAGCCCCCUUCUUCCAAGUUCUUCGAGUUCUUGCCGUUGAGAUUGCGGUUGUUGAUUUCUCCUCUGAAGCAGCUUGCCGGGGUUCGACUUCAAGGAUGGGCUGGGCUGCCUGGGGGUGGACGAUUCGUCGAUGAGCUCCGGAGCUUCCGGUUUGACCCGGCCGCAGUUCUACCAGGUAUGCCUCUCUCUCUCUCUUCUUCUGAAAAAUUUUGCCCGUCGAUAGCUUCUGGGUUUUCGAUCUUCACUGCUGUUUCUCUCUCUAACAGGCCGCGGAGUUCGGCGGGGGGAUCGAAUUGGGGAUGCCCUCAGGAAGCACCAAUGUACUGGAACAGAAGCCUUUUUCGAUCCCUCUCUCUCUCUCUCUAUCUCUCUACCUCUCCGCUGUGGGGCUGAAAUCGCUGAUGGGGCCGGCUGUUUCUGCAGGUAACGGCGCAGACGGGGGUCAAGAGCAUGAUGAUCGCCGGAGAAUUCGUCCAGCAGUCCCCGCUGGGGGAGUUCUUCCAACCCGAUCAGAACCUGCGGUCCCUCUCGUCGUCGUCGAUGAGGUCUCUCUCAGUGGGUAGCCCGGCUUCUGUGGAGCAGGUGGCCCACCGGGUGACUAUCCUGGCCUACGACCAGUUCCGGGGAGUCCAAUUUCCGACGCCCACAGACGACGACGCUGCCAUGGCUAGGGCAAUGCUGGCGGUGAUGUCGUCGUCUUCCUCUUCCUCCUCUCCCCGUCUUUCUGCAACGAGCAGAGCCUGGCAUGACCGGGGGAGAAGUCGAGGAGGAGGAGGAGCCUUCAUUCCCUACGAUCCCACCGCCCCAGCCGUCGCCGGAGUGGAAGCCAGGAAGCUCUCGCCGGGGCAGGAGAUGAUGAAGAGGAGCUUCUCUAUCUUGCGGGGGAUCAGCCCCAUGAGCGGCGGCGAUGCCCGGUUGCAGGAAUCCCGGCCGACGACCAACCAGCUGCACCACAUGAUCUCCGAGAGGAAACGCCGGGAGAAGCUCAACGAGAGUUUCUCUGAUCUGAGAACGCUGCUUCCCCCGGGGACCAAGGUACGCCCCCGGCUAGCUCUUUCUUUGAGCUUCUUCUCUCCGUCUUCGUCUUCCUCUUCUUCUUACCUUCAUUCAUGCCGCCUUCGUCUUCCUCUUCGUCUUAACCUGAUAUCUCCUGCCUUCGUCUUACUCUUCUUCUUACCCUAAUAUAUGCCUCCUUCAUCUUCCUCUUCGUCUUCUUCUUAACCUCAUAUCUGCCGCCUUCGUCUUCGUCCCACCAGAAGGACAAGGCCUCCGUUCUGGCGGGCACCAUCGAGCAGGUGAAAACCUUGAGAUCGCAGAUCUCCGACCUGGAGGAGAAGAACAAGGCCAUGGAGAUGAGCAUUCUCCCUCCCGACGAGGAGGACGGCAGCGCCGACGGUGUGCAGGAGAGGAUUCGGAUGACCUCCGCCACCGAGCCGUCGUCGGGGAAGCAGCUGAUAGAGCUCAGAGUGACCGUUCCGGCGGAGUGCGACAUGAUAGACCCCGUCCUCCACAUCCUCGAGUUCCUCAGAAAGAGGCCAGAAGUCAACCUUCUCUCUCUAGAUGCCAGCAUCUACCUCCGUCAGAAGAACCCCGUCAGACUGACCAUCUUGACGAUACGUCUCAAGGUAUGCCGAUUUUGCUUCGAGCUCAAGGUCCUAGUUCAAGUUCUUCUCUCCCCACUGUUUUCCUCGAAGAGCUUUUUCGACUUUAAUGGAGGUGGUACACCACGUAGAGAGAGAGAGAGAGAGAGAGAGAGAGAGAGAGAGAGAGAGAGAGAGAGAGGGAGAGAGAGAGAGAGGGAGAGAGAGAGAGGUCAUUCUUCUUUGUGCGGUGAAGGAAGCCUCCCGGUGAGUUUUUUCUUCUCUCUGGGAUUCUUCCUAUGCUUCUCGUCCUAGUCGAAAGGUGAUGAGAAGGCCUCCUAAAGACAGAAGCACGUUAGACAGAGGAUCUUUGAGGGCGACGCUCUAGAAAGAUCGGUUGUGCACAAUGAUUUCUUUGAAUUAUUCUACGUCGAAGUUUGUUUCCUUGUAUACCUCUCUCUCUCUCUCUCUCUCUCUCUCUCUCUCUAAACUUAUCAAGUAUGAAGUGAGGGGAAGAUGACCAACUGGAGCUCCUGAUGGUGCUUUUUCGCAGGGGGGAGAAGAGUGGGACGAGGGCCCUUUCAAGGAAGCCGUCACCCGCGUCAUAAAUGAAGCUCUACCGUGA